AUGACAAACCUUCAGCCGCCCAAGACAGUUAAAGAUAUCAGAAGCUUCCUAGGACAUGCUGGGUUCUACAGGAGGUUCAUUAAAGAUUUCUCACAGAUAGCAAGGCCGCUAACACGCCUAUUAUGCAAGGAUAUUAACUUUGAGUUCACAGAGGAGUGUCACAAGGCUUUCACUAAGAUCAAAGAGGCAUUGGUCAGUGCGCCAGUGGUUCAACCUCCAAACUGGGAACUACCUUUUGAGAUAAUGUGUGAUGCAAGUGAUUAUGCAGUAGGAGCAGUGCUUGGACAAAGAAAAGACAAGAAGCUACAUGUGAUCUACUAUGCCAGCAGAACACUUGAUGAGGCACAAUGCAAGCUACCUGAAGAAUCAGUUUAUGCAGCUGAAGCUAGCAAUAAGCAUGGACAACUAGGCCAUCACAGGCCAGGAACAAAGAUCUCAUCAUCAAACACACCAUGGUUUCGCCACAUAGCAAACUUCCUUGCAGCUGAAUACCCACCACCAAACUUCUUUGGCUACAGAAAGAAGAAAUUUCUGCGUGAUGUAAGAAGGUACUACUGGGAUGAACCUUACUUAUACAAGAAAUGUUCAGAUGGAAUGUUUAGAAGAUGCAUACCUGAGGAAGAGGUAGAAGGAAUAUUGUUUGCUUGUCAUAGUUCUAGCUAUGCAGGGCACUUUGCCACUUACAAGACAGUAUCCAAGGUCCUACAAGCUGGAUUUUGGUGGCCAACUAUGUUUAAGGAUGCUCAUGCAUUCAUAUCAAGAUGUGAUGCUUGCCAAAGAAUGGGAAAUAUAAGCAAGAGGAAUGAGAUGCCACAGAACUUUAUACUAGAAGUUGAAGUUUUUGAUGUUUGGGGCAUUGACUUUAUGGGACCCUUCCCAACCUCUUUUGGUGACCAAUACAUUCUAGUGGCAGUUGAUUAUGUCUCCAAAUGGGUGGAAGCCAUUGCCAGCCCUACUAAUGACGCACAAGUGGUCAUCAAGAUGUUUAAAUCCAUCAUUUUUCCAAGUUGCCUCUCCUUACCACCCCAAACUAGUGGACAAGUUGAGAUCUCAAACAGAGAACUCAAGAGCAUACUUCAGAAGACAACAGGCAAGACAAGAAAGGAUUGGAGUGCCAAACUAGAUGAUGCUCUAUGGGCAUACCGCACUGCCUUCAAAACACCACUUGGUACCACCCCCUUUCAUCUUGUUUAUGGUAAAGCAUGUCAUUUACCUGUGGAGCUGGAGUACAAAGCAGCUUGGGCUAUUAAGGAGUUGAACUUCAACCUAAAGACAGCAGGAGAAAGAAGAUUGAUUCAGCUGAAUGAGCUUGAUGAGAUUAGGCAUCUGGCUUAUGAGAAUUCAAAGAUCUAUAAGGAGAGAACCAAAGCUUUCCAUGACCGCAAGAUCAUCCCAAAGAACUUUGCGCCAAACGACCAAGUUCUACUAUUCAACUCAAGGUUGAAACUCUUUCCAGGAAAGCUUCGCUCAAGAUGGUCAGGACCAUUCAGGAUUAAAGAAGUUCGCCCCUAUGGAGCAGUGGUACUAUGGGACCCAAUGGGAGGAGACUUUACAGUCAAUGGACAAAGGUUAAAACCUACCUAG